AUGAUCUUCCGCUCUACAGCACCCGAUAUUGAAAUCCCAUCAUUGGGUGUCUACCAGUACGCUAUGCGAAAUGAAAACGGAAUUGAUGACAACAAGCCAGUAUUUAUCGAUGCUGUGACUGGUGCCGAGUUGACAUUUGGUACAUUAAAGAGGGACUCGAAGAGACUGGCAGCUGGAUUACAGGACAAGCUCGAUUUGAAGAAGGGCGAUGUGGUGGCUAUAUUCUCACCUAAUCAGAUCGACUAUGCCGUAGUCCUCUUUGGCGUAAUUGCAGCCG